AUGACCAACCACACAGUGGACACAGAUUUCUUCCUCAUGGACCUGUCUGACAGCAAGCAGCUCCAGGUGCUCCAGGGCUUUCUGUUUCUGCUGAUUUACUUGGUGUCCCUCAUGGGGAACCUUCUCAUCAUCAUGCUUGUCACUGUGGACCAGUGUCUUCACGCCCCCAUUUACUUCUUCCUGAAGAACUUGUCCUUCCUUGAUGUGUGCUUCAUUUCAGUCACAGUCCCAAAGCUCAUUCUUAGCUCUUUGUCUCACAGGACAUCUGAGUUUUUCCUCCUCACAGCCAUGUCCUGUGACCGCUAUGUGGCCAUCUGUCACCCACUACACUAUGAUGCUAUCAUGAACAGGGCAGUCUGUAUGCAGAUGGUAGCUGCCUCUUGGCUAUUUGGAAGUCUCUUUGGGUUCCUAUAUUCAUAUGGCACCUUCUCAUUAUCUUUCUGUGGCUCCAGAAAAGUGCCACAGUUCUUCUGUGAUGUCCCCUCUCUACUGAAGAUUUCUUGCUCAAAGAUGCAUGUCACCGUUGUCUCUGGUCUCAUCUUAGGGCUUAUGUGUGGGUUUUUCUGCCUAGUUUCCAUAGGGUUUUCAUAUGUUUACAUUUUCAACACAGUGCUGAGAAUGCCCUUGUCACAAGGGAGGUCAAAAGUCUUCUCUACCUGCAUGCCCCAUCUCAUAGUCAUCACCACAUUUUUAGUCACUGCUGUCACUGCCUAUUUGAAACCAGUUCCUGAUUCCCCACAGCUUUUGGACUUUUUGGUGUCUGUUUUGUAUUCUGUGAUGCCUCCAUCUAUGAAUCCUAUAAUAUACAGCCUAAGGAAUAAGGAAAUCAAAGCUGCUUUUUGGAACUACUUAUGGAAACCAGAUCAUUAUGUGUUUUACAGGGGGGAAAGCUGUCAUACCAUGUAG